AUAAUAAUAUUAAUAACAAUAAUGGUAAUGUUUAUUGUCGAAGUAGAAGUACGCAAUAACAAUGGACAAAAUUUGAAUGAUUUAACGGAAUAAUACUUUAAAUUUUUUCUUCUAGAAAAAUCUUCUUGCUUUUUAAACUAUGGAAACUCUUCGUAGUCAAAGUGACUCUAAUAGUAACAACGAACAUAACCCAUUAAUUUCAAUAAAUCGCCCUCUAUUCAAUAAAGAAACGUUUAAUCAAUAUGUAGGAUAUAAUUCGAACUUAAAAUCGCUAACUACAUGGCAACAAUGUCUACGUCUAUUCGUACCAUUUUUUCAAAAAUUCUCUCAAAUAUUAAAAGUCAAUACAAAUGAAAAUGUUAAUACAGACCAUGAAAAAACGAAUGAAGAAUUCUCUGAACAAUGUAGAAAACAAUCAAUAAUUGACAAGUGUCAAUAUUUUAUGAUUCGUUUCUUGAAAUGGUUGAUUACUUAUUUGCCUUUUAUCCAGAUUCUGAUGCAUUACAGAGUAAAACGUUGGCUUGUGAAUGAUAUAAUUGCUGGAUUUACAGUUGGAAUAAUGCAUGUACCUCAAGGCAUGGCUUACGCUUUAGUUGCUACAUUGCCACCAGUAUACGGACUAUACACUUCAUUCUUCCCACCGCUAAUCUACUUCUUUCUUGGAACAUCCAGACAUAUAUCAAUAGGUACAAUGGCAGUAGUUAGUUUACUAACAGGUGACUUUCUUGAUAGAGUUAUUCAUCUUAAGGCUCAGAGUAUAAAAUCAGCAAACGAAGCACUAUAUGGUAAUAUGACCAAUAAUGACACUUCCACACAUGAUGCAGAACAAUUCAGAAUUCCUUAUGCAUUAGCAUUAGGAUUUUCAGUAGGUAUUGUACAAUUUCUAAUGGGAUUAUUCAGAUUAGGCAGUUUAAUCAGAUACUUCUCUUUACCGAUGACAUCUGGUUUUACUGUUGGAGUAGCUGUUCAUGUAUUUACAACUCAAGUAAAGAAUGUACUAGGUUUAAAAUUGCCCCGGUUUCCUGGUUUACUCACCAUACCAUAUACAUACUAUGAAAUUUUUCGUACUAUUCAACAUGCCAACAUACCAACAGUAUUGAUGGCUAGCGGAUGUAUAACAAUCUUGGCUAUUUACAAAGAUUGGAUUAGUCCAUUUGUUAAGAAAAUCUCAUUAAUACCUCUUCCUAUAGAUUUAAUUAUUGUUAUAAUAUCAACUAUAGUCUCAUAUUCAGUUGAUCUAAAUGGUAAAUAUGAUGUUAAAAUUGUUGGUGAAAUAGCGAAAGGUAUUCAGUAUCCAGAAGUACCGGAUAUCUCGUUAAUGGGUCCACAUAUUGGUGACACUAUUAUUUCAGCAAUUAUUGGUAUUUCAAUUAGUGUAUCCCUUGCACGAAUAUUUGCAACACGUUUUAACUAUAAAAUCAAUACUAAUCAAGAGCUUAUUGCUUUCGGAGUGACAAAUGCAUUCAGUUCAUUUUUCCAUGCAUAUCCAGCGGCUGCAUCAUUAUCACGAUCUGCUGUUUACGUAUCUGCUGGUGGACGUACACAAGUUGCAAGUCUUUUCUCAUGCUUACUAAUUAUACUGGUCUUGUUCUUCAUUGGACCACUGCUUUUUUCUGUGCCGAUUUUCUGUCUAUCGGCAAUCAUUAUUGUUGCUAUUAAAGGAAUGUUUAUGGAAGCAAAAGAUUUAGUAAUGUUUUGGAGAUUUUCUCCAUGGGACAGUGCAGUCUGGAUGUUUACGUUUCUUUGCACAGUAUUACUUAGUGUAAAUUAUGGACUUCUAUUAGGUAUUAUAAUGUCUGUUGCAGUUGUUAUAUUACGAAUACAAUGGCCUAAAAUUCACAGUAUUGAACAAAUUCAAAAUACAGAAAUUUAUCGAAACAGUAGAGAUUAUAAAAAUUAUACAAAACAUGAUAAAAUUAAAAUUAUUCGUUAUGAAGGAAAUAUAUUCUAUUUUUGUGCUGAAUAUUUUCGUGAAACAGUUUAUUUACAAACAGGAAUUAAUCCAUUUGAUUUAAAUUUAAAAUUAAAUCGUUGUUUAAAUAGAAUAAAACGAAUUGAAAAUAUUCUACGUUUAUCAUCUCAAUCUAUGGAUAUUGAAAUAGAUAAAUCAGAUGAUCAUUCAAAUGAAAUAAAAAGUAUGGAAGAAACACCUGAUCCAUUAGAAGCAUCUAAUGAAAAUCAUCAAAAAUCUAAUUUAAAUGAAAAUUAUUUUAAAAGAAAAUUUUUCAAUCAUUUUAUAAAGAAAAAAUUAUUAACAUUAAAUGAAAAAUUAGAAUUAGAAAUGGAAAGAACAAAAUUAAUAGAAAAAUUAGAUACAAUUAAUCAAUUAUUAACAUUUAAUUUUAUAAUAUUCGAUUGUUCAUGUUGGACAUUUAUUGAUAUAGUUGGAGCUGAUGAAUUAAAACAGGUGAUAGAUAGCUAUGAAAAACUUGGUAUCAUCGUUCUACUCGCUCAGAUGAAAGAUUAUCUUAUCCAUACAUUACAAAAUAAUAAUAAAAUUGGAGAUUUAACUAAAAUUUACCCAACUAUUCAUGAUGCAGUGAAUGAUGCAAUUAAUCAGCUGAAUACAAUGAAAAUUAAAGAAAGAAAUUUUCUGAAACCGGUAGAAACAAGUUUAACACCGUGAAAAUGAAAACAAAAAAAAACAUAUCGACUUUGUAACUGUUGACAUCAUUUCAACAGAAAUAAAUAAGAAAAGGAAGACUCAUUCAAUUUUCAAUUAAUUUAUUAAACAUUCAUAUUAUUUGUGUUUACAUAACAAAUUUAUUCAUUAUUAAUUUAUUUUCUUAAUAUGAAUAUAAAUUUCAUUUUGUGUAUAAAAAUUAUUUGUAAUGAUCAAGUUACAUUUAUGUAGUGAACUA